UGUAUAGUUUUUGAGGCGGGUUUCCAUGGCGACGAUCGCAAAAUGAAAACAAAUCGAGCAAUUACGGAACAACAAGGCACUUAAUUAGGUGUUACGGAACCGGGAGAUAACCUACCAUCGUAUAAUUAACGCGGGAAUAACAGCCAGGAGGCGGUGCGAUCUCCGACCACUAUAUCCGUAUCUGUAUCCCCCCGAUUCGGCAAUCCGCUCUGGCCGCUCAAGGACGGUGUCUUCUGGUGGUCAACACAGGAAAAGUCGGAAAACUCGAGAAUUGGAUCAACUUCAACCACCAAACACAACAUCACUAGCUCGUCGCUGCACAACUACUGAAAACAAAUUCGCUCAACGCUCCAACAAAUUCCAACGGCAACAACAACAGCGCCAACGGUCGCCGAGCAACCGCUGCAAAGGAUUGAUAGAGGGGGGAAGUGGUGGGGGUGCGGGUCGAGCGGUAUUCGAAUUGGAACGGGAACGGGAAGAAGAUGCCGCUGCUAUUUACGGGCUUCAACGCAUUUGGCCAGCAUGAAUGUGUAAGCGGCGACGUCGACUGCGCAGCCGGCUUCAGCGAAAUAAAUGCGCCAGUCUCGACUCAGAACCAGUGCACGAUUUCGAUCGGCUGGCGGUAUGCGGCUCUCGCUUUUGGCCGGAAGUUGUGCCUGCGUGGGCUCUUGGAUGAUGGCCCAAAUGAGUGCGUGACUCUGGAGGCAACGGGGGACAUAAGGGCCCUUGCCGCUACCGAUUCCCACUGCCUUGUGCUACUCCAAAGCGGUCAGCUUUACAGGGUGCAACCCAAACUGCAGGCGGAACUGGUGGCUGUUAGACUAGAAGCUGCUCCCAGAUCCAAUUCGGGUACAAAGCGCUCGAUCUUUGGGGCUGCCAAGGCGCCUUCGUCGCCGAUCAUAGAGCAUAUCGCAUGUGGAUCGCACAUAAACGUAGCGAUCAGCUCGGAAAACUGUGUCUACAGCAUUCCCAGCUGCCUGCAUCAAUUUUCCGAGCGCCAGUUUCGGGUGAAGCAGCUCCAAUGUGGCCAUGAACAUGCCGUGCUCCUCAAUGCCAAUGGUGACGUGUUCACCUGGGGAAAUGGACUCCGCGGACAGUUGGGACUGGCGGUGCUGAGAGUGGAAGAGACGCCUCAAUUGCUGGAGGCGCUGGCGGGGAUCAAGAUAACGCAAAUUGCUGCCGGUGGUUGGCACAGUGCGGCUAUAUCCGCCUUCGGAGACCUCUACACCUGGGGCCUCAACUGCAGCGGUCAGCUGGGAAUGCGUGUGAUGAAACCCGGUGGCGUCCUCAAAGAGCCCACUGUAUAUCCGCUGCCCCAGUUGCAAGAUCUGCCCGAAUGUGACUGCUCCCAAGGCGGGGAGAGCAACGAUUAUUGUGAACCGCUGAGGGUGUUCGCUGGAUCUCGUCACACUCUGCUGAUCCGCCGGUGCGGGCGGCUAUGGGUCAGUGGUUGGUGCAAGCACGGUCAACUUGGCAGACAGCUCCGAAACCUGUCCUAUGUGGAUGCCUUUCAGGCCCUGGAAGGUAUCACGAUGAACCCUACUGCGGAUGAGGUUCUCUGUGGGCCAUGGUCAACGCUGCUCCAUUUGAAGGUAUCGUUGGAUUGAAGACAUUUGUACAUUUUAAAGAGACUGACUAUUGUUAAAUCUACUAAAUUGAACACAUCUUGGACACAAACCAA